CGCAAACCUCUGAGUUUAGAUUGUUUGUCUGAUUGAAUUAAGUGCUUCGUCAAUUUGUGGAAAUAUGUGGAUUAAUCAUAGGGGAUGAAAAAGAUUUGCUGAGAAAGAAGCUUGGAGAUUACGGAUGCACACUUUGUGUGCCAUGUUGCUUCUGGCCUUCAUGGUCUUCGUAUACUCGUCGCCUGCUGUGAACAAAUUGUGGGAAGAGUGGAAAAUCAAACACGGCAAAGUUUAUGAUAAUCAGACCGAGCUCGACUUCAGGAGAGCAGUAUGGGAGAAGAAUAUGCACUUGGUGUUAAGACACAACCAGGAGGCCUCAGAGGGGAAACACAGCUUCACGCUGGGGCUGAACCACCUGGCUGACAUGACAGCUGAGGAGUUCAACGAGAAGCUGAAUUGCUUGAAGUUGGAGAACACUUUUAAUUUCAUAAAUGGCACUUUUAAAAAAGUGAGUGGCUCAUCAGUACCUCAGAGUGUGGACUGGAGGAAAGCUGGCCUGGUGGGUCCUGUCAGAAACCAGGGGUUAUGUGGGUCAUGCUGGGCCUUCAGUUCUUUGGGAGCUCUUGAGGGUCAGUUGAAGAAGCACACGGGGGUCCUUGUUCCACUGAGUCCACAGAACUUGGUGGACUGCAGCACCAAGGAUGGAAACCUCGGCUGCAGAGGAGGCUACAUCACCAAAGCUUACAGCUACAUCAUUCGCAACAGAGGCGUCGACUCGGAGAGCGUUUACCCCUACGAACACAAGAAUGGGAAAUGUCGCUAUUCCAUCCAGGGAAAUGCUGGCUACUGCUCCAAUUUCCACAUCCUUCCCAGCGGGGAUGAGAAGAUUCUGCAGAGCGCGGUGGCAUCAGUGGGACCGAUUGCUGUGGCUGUGAAUGCCAUGCUGGAGUCUUUCCAUUUGUACAAAGGAGGUUUAUAUGAUGUCACCAGCUGCAACCCGAAGUUGAUAAAUCACGCUGUCCUGGUUGUGGGCUACGGCACAGAUGCAGGACGAGACUACUGGAUUGUGAAAAACAGCUGGGGAACUGCGUGGGGAGAAGGAGGCUACAUUCGGCUUGCCCGGAACAAGAAUAAUCUUUGCGGCAUUGCCAGCUUUCCAGUUUACCCUACACUGUGAAAAGAUAGGCUACUAACUUAACUUAGGUUGCUUAAAUUAAUAUUAGAGACCAGAUGUCUGUCUCAUUGUAUUUUAUUUAACAUCAGAGCUGAAGAUGCUACCCUGAAAGUCAAAUCCACUGGAGGAAAAAAAAAAAAAAAAUCACUGUACUUACUCUGGAAGCUUUACUCACUCAUGUUUCGAAUUUCAAACUGCAUACUUAUGACUGCAUAUUAAAUUUCACUGAUUUAAUAAAAAUCACAGCAAUA